GAAGCCGGCUCCUGUAGCUCCUCUGACCCGCUGUCAGCUCGAGAAGACAUCAUUCCGCUUCCUCCUCAUCUCGUCGCUGGCUGUGUCUCGACCCUUUAUACUCAAUAAGGUUCUAAGAUGUCUCCAAAGAUCAAGGCCGGCUCUGUUGUGGAGAUGCAGGGAGACGAGAUGACUCGGGUCAUCUGGGAGCUCAUCAAGGAGAAGCUCAUCUUCCCGUACCUGGAGCUCGACCUGCACAGCUAUGACCUUGGCAUGGAGAACCGAGACGCAACAGACGACCGGGUGACGGUUGAGGCAGCGGAGGCGGUCCGCCGUUACAACGUGGGCGUCAAGUGCGCUACCAUCACGCCAGAUGAGAAUCGCGUGGAGGAGUUCAAACUCAAGCAGAUGUGGCGCUCGCCCAAUGGGACCAUCCGUAACAUCCUGGGGGGGACCGUGUUUAGGGAGGCUAUCAUCUGUAAGAACAUCCCUCGCCUGGUGACUGGCUGGGUCAAGCCCAUCAUCAUUGGCAGGCACGCACACGGAGAUCAGUACAAAGCCACAGACUUUGUCGUGCCUGGGCCUGGGAAAGUAGAGAUGACCUACACUCCUGCAAAGGGAGAGCCAGUCAAAUUUGUUGUUCACGAGUUUGAGGGCACAGGAGGUGUAGCUCUGGGAAUGUACAACACUGACAAGUCCAUCAGGGACUUUGCCCACAGCUCCUUCCAGAUGGGUAUAUCCAAAGGCUGGCCUCUCUACCUCAGCACCAAGAACACCAUCCUGAAGAAGUACGACGGCCGCUUCAAAGACAUCUUCCAGGAGAUCUACGAAAAGGAAUAUCGUGCUCAGUUUGAGGCCAAAGGAAUCUGGUAUGAGCACAGACUGAUUGAUGACAUGGUGGCCCAGGCCAUGAAAUCUGAGGGAGGCUUCAUUUGGGCCUGCAAGAACUACGAUGGAGAUGUGCAGUCUGACUCUGUGGCACAAGGGUACGGCUCUCUGGGUAUGAUGACCAGCGUUCUGAUUUGUCCUGAUGGACGCACAGUGGAGUCAGAGGCUGCCCACGGCACCGUGACCCGCCACUACAGGCAACACCAGCAGGGAAAAGAAACCUCCACCAACCCCAUCGCCUCCAUCUUUGCAUGGACGCGAGGUCUCCUCCAUCGGGCCAAGCUGGACAACAACGCAGAGCUGCGAGUCUUCUCUGAGGCACUGGAAGCCGUUUGCAUUGAAACCAUCGAGGCUGGUUUCAUGACCAAGGAUCUGGCUAUCUGCAUCAAAGGCCUCUCAAAUGUGACCCGUGCCGACUACUUGAACACCUUUGAGUUUCUGGACAAGCUGGCAGAGAACCUGAAGAUUAAGCUGGCUAGCCAACCCAAACUGUGAUCUCACAUCUGGGCCGCCACCACAGUUAAAUACAAGACAUACACACAUUCAAACACAUCUGUACAGUUAUUAGAUUUUUGAGUGUCUGCUCAGGACUCCAGGUCUUACAACUGCAAGUCGUUUUCUCUCUCAAUCAUGGAGGGUGCCUUGACCAGAAGAAAGGGAGGCUUCUAAAUUAGUAGUAAGCUAAAGGCCACAGCUGUGACGGUGAAAUCAUUUAACACCAACAUUAACAGGACUCUGUGCCCUCCGUUACCCUAAUUGCACUAAAUCCCCUGAAUACACUGCCAGUAUUUGUUGUGUGUGUCUGUGUGUUCAGAGGGAGCCUCCAGACCUUCGCUGCCUUAUUUGUUUUGUGUCAAAGUCAUUGAUUGAUCUGUAGCAGAGUCACCAUUCAUUCCAUGAGACACUACACAUGCAGCCCCCUCAUCUCACACCACCCACAAACCAACAGCAUUAAACUACUUUUUGAGUUUUUCUACUGGUUUGAACUCGUCACAGUUGUUAAGGAGAUGUAUUUCUUCAUCAUUCAUGCCUUUAUAUGUGUGUAAUUUCAUUAAAAUCCAGAGUAACUGAUCAUGUUCUGCCAAAUUCAUCUCUUAGUUUGUAUUCAAUGUCAUGCUUGUCCAUUCCUUAUAAUAAAAGUGUUUUUGACUGACUAA